AUGUACAAAGUAGCAAGUUCUUCAGAAUACCUGGUGAUUACUGGCAUCGGAAUCCAAGACACUAAGAUCGCCAAGAAGGCAUGGAUUCUCCCCGGUCAGCUCUGCACCGUCUUCGACGUUUCUCCGGUAAACUACUCCUUCGAAGUUCAGGCCAUGAGCGUUCAGAAACUUGCCUUCGUCCUUCCCGCCGUCUUCACCAUCGGUCCUCAAAUCGACGACCACGAAAGCCUCAUCAAGUACGCCAAGCUCAUCUCUCCUCACGGCAACCUCUCCAAACACGUCAAUGACCUCGUUCUCGGUAUCAUUGAGGGAGAAACCCGCGUCAUCGCCGCCUCUAUGACCAUGGAGGAUAUUUUCUGUUCAACCAAAGACUUCAAGGACGAGGUCUUCCGUAAGGUUCAGCCUGAGCUGAAUCAAUUCGGAUUAUGGAUCUACAAUGCAAACGUGAAACAAUUGGUUGACGUCCCAGGGCACGAAUACUUCUCAUACCUAGGUCAAAAGGUUCACGAGGAAGCCGCGAACAAGGCGAAGGUGGAGGUGGCGGAGGCCAGGAUGAAGGGGGCGAUAGGAACCAAGUUGAGAGAAGGGCUGACGCAGCAGAACGCCGCUAAGAUCGAUGCGGAGACGAGGAUAGUAUCGACUCAGAGGAAGGGGGAAGGGGAGAAGGAGGUGAUAAAGGUCAAGGCGAUGAUUAAGGUGUUCAAAAAUCAAAGGGAGUCGGAGGUUGCUGAGGCUAAUUCCGAUUUGGCGAAGAAAAAGGCUAAUUGGGGUAGGGAGGCUCAGUUGGCGGAAAUGGAGGCGGUGAAGGCGGUUGCUGUGAGGGAUGCAGAGUUGCAGAGGGAGGUUGAGAUGAUGAAUGCUUUGACGAUGACAGAGAAGCUCAAGGGCGAGUUCUUGAGCAAAGCCAAAGUAGAGUACGAAACUAAGGUGAAAAAAGCAAAUUGGGAACUGUACGCAAAACAGAAAGAAGCAGAGGCAGCUCUAUACGCGAAACAGAGAGAAGCCGACGCCCAAAGACAAUCAGCCGAAGCAGACUUGUACGCGAAGAAGAAAGAGGCGGAGGGGUUAAUGGUCUUGACUCAUGCGGAGGGGGCGUAUCUACGCACCCUCGUGGACGCAGUUGGGGACAAUAACUAUAAUGCUGUCCGCGAUUACCUAAUGAUCUCCAACGAUAUGUUGGUGAACAUGGCUCGCAUCAACUCCCGAGCUGUCGAGAGUCUCGAACCGAACAUUAGUAUCUGGACUGGUGUCGGCUCUCAUGCAUCGGGCAAGGGUGGUGGUGGGUGA